AUGCCCAGCCCCGGGCAGCGAGGCUGCCGGCCGCCCGCUACCUCGGGCGCCCGGGUCCAGCGCCCGCGCUCCAGCUGCUCUCCCGCGCCCGCGUCCCCCGCGCCCGCGUCCCCCGCGCUGCCGCGCCGCUCGGCAGGCCCAGGCCCACCCCGUGCAACCGGACGCCUCGAGUCCUCCUUCUCCGUCGAGGCCAUCCUGGCCAGACCCGACCACCGUGCGCCCGCCGUCUCCCCUCUGUCUGUCUCCGCCGGCGCCGCCGGGGGCCUCUGGACCGCGUCCUCCCGGCCUCCCGCUCCGGUUCUGCCCGGCGCGUGCCCGGCGAGGUGGCUGCCCGCCUACCUGAGCGCGGGGCUCGACCAGCCGUGCCCCCAGCUCCCAGUGCUGCGGCUGCGCGCCGCCCACUUCUGCGGCCUCCAGGGCCUCGGCGUCCCAGGCUUGGAGCUGGCUCACUGCCUAGGCCUCUGGGGUCCCCGAGACUGGGCCCAAGCUCAGGACCUUCAGGACACUGAGAGAUCCCAAAAGAGGGUUCGAACGAUGUUUAACUUGGAGCAGUUGGAAGAGUUGGAGAAAGUGUUUGCAAAACAGCACAACCUAGUGGGGAAGAAGAGAGCCCAGCUGGCAGCCCAGCUCAACCUUACAGAGAACCAGGUGAGGGUCUGGUUCCAAAACCGCAGGGUUAAGUAUCAGAAGCAGCAAAGGCUGAGACUGCCAGCUGCAUCUGCCAUGGCUGCCUCCCCAGACGAGCCCUCCAGCAGCUCCACCACCACCAUCCAGAGAGAAGACGCAGAGUCAGGAGUGGACAGCUGAGGA